AUGAGACCACUCUUACUGAAUGAGAAGACAAUUAGUAAUUUGGUUGAAAGUGAUGAUACAGAUAUCGAUGUUGAGCCUAUUAUAGAGAUUGCAACUUAUUCUGAAAUUGAUGUCUUUGAAUGCUACAUGAAAGGCUCUGAGACUAAAACAGUGAUGCGUAAAGUAUCUAAUGAUUGGGUAAACGCUACACAGAUAUUUAAAAUUGCAAACUUUACGAAAAAUAAAAGAACAAGGAUUUUAGAGAGAGAAGCAAAACUGAUAAAACACGAAAAGAUUCAAGGGGGUUACGGUCGAUUUCAAGGUACAUGGAUACCAUUAGAUGAUGCCAAGAUGCUUGUUAACAAAUAUGAAAUUCAACAUCCAAUAAUAAAUAAAAUACUAAACUAUAUAAUAGACCCUGGUAAUCUACCAGCAAGAAGAUCCAAAAAUAGUGUGUUAAAAAGAAAUCCCUUAAAUAGACAUUUGGUUUCGCCUUCAAGUUACAAGGUAACUCCGACUAAAAGAAUGUUAAGAACUGUAUUACCUUCUUCUUCAGACUCAGGAAGAUCUAUUUCUACACCUAAAAGUACAGGCACGUACAAAUAUGAAGAAGGAGACUUGAAAGGAUUAACGAAAAAGGCAACCAAAACAAAACCAUUGCAAUUCAGCACUCUUCAUGAACAUAAUCAACAUAAUACGAAAUCAGGUCAUAGUAUAUCAUCCGAUUAUUUUGACCCAUAUUUGACUAGAUCAUUGGAAAUGAAAUCUUUUAGAAAAAAAAUAUUCCUUCCAAAUUCCGAUACUACCAAACUGAGCAGUAAAAAUAAUACAAUGGAGACUAUGGAAUUGGAAGAAUUGCCGUUUCCACAAUAUCAUUUCCAGGAAGAUUCUCAGCCUGCUACACCGGCGGAUGAUCCAGAUAUUGGUCAAAUAUCUUUAAAAUCAUUAAGCAUUGAUGAAUAUCAACAAUUAAUGCUAAAAGUCUUAUCAUCCGAAAAUUGUUUAGAAGAAGGUUAUACACUACCGGCAGCAUUAUAUAACCCGCCGGCAGAUUUUGAUAUAAACUUAAAAAUUGAUAAACAAGGACAUUCACUUUUACAUUGGGCCUCUGCGAUGGGUAAUUUACCUUUGACUAAACUUUUGAUUUCACUAAAAUGCCAAAUAUUGAGUUAUAAUAAUGUUGGAUUUAACCCUCUAACAAAAAUGAUCUUUUAUAAUAAUAGUUACAGAGCAGGAAACUUUAAAGAGAUACUUUCAUUAUUAAGAAUAUGUGUAACUGCACAGGAUAAAAAUGGGCGUUUACCCUUACAUUAUUUAAUUGAACUAACAGUUAAUAAAACCAAGGAUCAAUCCAUUAUAACUCAUUAUAUUGAUUUGAUACUUGAAUAUUUACAAAGUAACGAUAACGAUGACAUUUCAAUUCUAAAGCUGACCGUAAAUCACCAAGAUAGCUAUGGUAAUACAAUUUUGCAUAUAGCCGCAUUGAACAACAAUUUAAAAAUAUAUAAUAAAUUAUUAAAGAUUGGUUGCUCAGAGAAAUUAACUAAUAUGAACAACGAAACACCCUUAUCUAUAAUGGAAAAACAAAGAGAUGCUCCUACACCAGAAAUUCCUGAAUUUUUAUCAUUAAGUUUUGCUAUUAGAGAAGCAACGACAGGAACUCCACAGAUACUCAAGUCAAAUAUUGAAAAUAACUUAGAUUUAAGAACACUAAGUAUAAAAAGAGAUUUUUCAUCAGUGGAGGACAAGGCAUAUAACAGUAGCGUAGUUACUUCGAAUGUUGAAGAAUCUAAAAGAACAAAAAUAAAUGAAAAUGGUUCAACGAGUUGUAUAACUGAAGGCACCUCCAAAAUUGAUGAAAGUUUAAGGGAAUUAUCUCAAACUCCUCAAAUGCAACCUGUAUUCCUAAAGCAGCUAGAGACUGAAUUUUUAUCAACAUUCUCUGUGAAGUAUGAUCAAACAAACGAAACAUUUGGUUAUUUGGAAACACCUCCUAUAAUAGCAGCCAAUGACAGACAUUUUAAUUCAGAUUUGCGUAACAAUUCAUAUAAAAUGAAAAUGUUAUCAGGAAUGUUUUUCGAUAAUGUUGUCAGAAUGCUAGAUGAUUCAAAUACUGAUUUGGUUUCCUUAAGAGAACAAAUAAAUAACAUGCAUAAAAAGAUUGAGACUACUAGUAAACAAGUUGAAAACAUUCAAGGGGAAGCAAUUACAAUGAACCCUGAGCUUGCAUCAAUUACUGACAUUGAGUUGCACAAUAACAAUAUGAGAACAAAAUUAGAGUCUACUAAAAAGAAAGUCAUGAAAAUAUUAGAGAGUAAAAGUAAAAUAAAGAUAUCAGAAAUGACCCAGAACCAAAAAUCGAAAUUGAAUAGCAUAUCAUUAGACGACACACCAAAUGCGUCUGUAGAAUUAAUUAACGAAUAUCGAAUAUUACAUAGAAAAAGAGAGGCCUUGUUGCAAAACAUAAUUGAUGCAAAAGCUAAGCUAGGAGCCACUAGAAAGAUUAUCAAAUAUAAAAAAUUACUCGGUACCAAUUCAAAUAACCAGUCCUUAGAUGACGUGACAAAAGAAUUGAUCAACUCUUUGAUGGGAUAA